AAUACCUCAAUGCAUGCAACGUCCACGCAAAAAGCCCGCAUUCAGGGGACUUGCGAUUUCCUCGACAGCCAAGGCAUUAGAUAUAGCCACAACGAUGUCUUCAGAUUCCACGGGGUCAGCAAAUGCACCGGCUGGAGGAUUCUCAAACAACCUCGAGAUCAAGAGGCC